AUGAUCCCGAUCCCGGUGGUGGUGUGCGUGCUGGGGGGCUGGUGCGCCAUCUACCUGGCGGAUACGCUGCUCAAGUCAUCCAACUCUCUGAAGGCAUCUUAUGAAGACUGGCUGCUGACGUAUGGUUUGAGCAUCUCUCCUUUUCACAUGCGAUGGCAAACAGCGCUCUUCAACCGCCAGUUCUACAAUUGGGGAAGAUGGAAACCCAGAUUUCUGUAUUUAUGGUUCAGCAUAGGAAUGGUAUUUGGUAUAGUUGCCAUGUUUGGCUCUGUUAUUCUUCUUGGAAAGACACUGAUGCAAACACUGACACAGAUGCUCACCGAGGCACCGAAAGCCCAGAAUGAUCGUAUGCUGCAAGUUGUGGUGCCUGGUGUAAAUUUACCUGUCAGCCAACUGACCUAUUUCUUCUCUGCAAUCCUCAUCAGUGGUGUGAUACAUGAAGUCGGCCAUGGGGUGGCAGCUAUUCGAGAACAAGUGCGAUUUAAUGGAUUUGGGAUUUUUAUCUUCAUUGUCUAUCCUGGAGCAUUUGUUGACCUCUUCACAACCCACUUGCAACUGAUAUCUCCAGUCCAGCAAUUAAGGAUAUUUUGUGCAGGAGUGUGGCAUAAUUUUGUUCUUGGUGUUGCAAGUUUCAUGGUUUUGUUUCUGCUGCCAGCCAUUCUUUUCCCUUUCUAUUACACGGGUGUUGGGGCACUUGUCACUGAGGUUGCAGAGGAUUCUCCUGCCAAUGGACCAAGAGGUCUUUUUGUGGGAGACCUUGUCACUAACCUACAAGACUGCCCAGUUCGUAGUGUGGAAGACUGGAAUUCCUGUCUGGGAGACAUUUCAGAGAAGUCACAGGUUGGCUACUGUAUAAGUGCAGCCACCUUACAGCAAUUAAGCUUUCCAGCUAGAGUCUAUAGAAGACUCGAUGGCACAGUUGAAUGUUGCAGUAACAACAGCCUCACAGACAUUUGCUUUUCAUAUAGCAAUAAUUUGGACAGCCACCUGUAUGCCUGUCUGCCAGCACGAAAAGUUAUUGAGGCCAGCAAAGUUUGUCGAACCAACGUGGACUGCCAGAAGGACUUUGUUCCAAGCUUUUGUGUGAUUCCUUCUUUAGAGAACCAAACAAGGCUAAUCAGGGUAAAACAUCCACCCCAUAUUGACAUGCUGUAUGUAGGACACCCCAUGCAUCUUCAGUACACAGUAAGUCUCAGCAGUUUUGUACCACGACAAAACUUUCUAAGCAUCAAUCUGCCUGUGGUGAUAGAGACAUUUUGCAAGUACCUAAUUUCACUGUCAGGAGCACUGGCAGUUAUCAAUGCUGUACCCUGCUUCGCUUUGGAUGGUCAGUGGAUAUUAAAUUCAUUCCUGGAAGCCACUCUGGGCUCCCUGAUUGUAGAAAAACAAAGCAGAGAGCUUGUUGGCUUUUUAAUUUUGCUUGCUGGUAGUGCACUUUUGGCUGCCAAUGUUGCACUGGGACUUUGGAUGGUGACAGCACGAUAG